AUUUUUGGCUACAGUAUAUGGCAUCGUGUAACUGAAAAUAUCAACAACGAAUAAUAAACAGUGAAAACUUUAUUAAUUUUAAUUAUUAAUCAUUUAAUUUUUAUUAUAAAUUUAUUGAUAACAAAAAAAUUUAUAAUGGCGAAUGCUAAACCAGUUCAUCAGCCGAUUCGGCUUUCAGAAUAUAUCAACGCAUCUAAUAAAAGUUCUGACAAAAAACAACAUAAACCGAGGAUGGAGCCAGUGCGGAUAAAAGACUUAUUAUUGUCAGCUUCCAAAGCAAGAUCAGCAAGUGUUGAUCGUCAAUCAAGAAGAACAAAAUUAUUCGCAGUUCCAAAGCAUACAGUCCGCCGUGCUCUUUACGGAAAAUCACCUUCUCCUUCGAAAAGUACAUCCUCCCAAUCAUCAGUCGAAACCAAAAGCUCAGUAUCAGUUUCCAAACCCAACACUCCAUCAUUUAAAAGAAAUAGAAGUCUAGCACCUAAAACUAAGGCUCGACAAAGUAUGUUACCGCAACCGAAUUUCAUUGUUAAAAAAAACAAACAAAAAGUUCUUGAUAACUGUCCUCCUACUGUAGUAGAAGAGCGUCUAUCAGAAGUAAUGAAAAUAUCACCACAGCCUUAUCAACGACCCACUGUUAUUAAAUCUGUUUCCAAAAAAUGUUCUUCUGUCAUAAAUAACCAGCAAAUUGACAAUUGUGAGGCAGUUCACGUUGAAUAUGGCACAUUUAAUAACAUUGCAAAUAGAACUAUUGACCUUGAAGCUUCAAUUGUUGACAAGGAAAAUAUUCCACCUGAUAAUUUGGAACCUUUGACAACUGACGGAGCUAAUUUGGAUCUUUUUCAGAAUUCUAGACUUGAAAAAAUAGAAAAUGACUUACAGACAUUUAAAGAAGAUUUAAAAAUAGUUAAAGAACAACAGUCUUUAUUAAUUGACUUGGUACAAAAAAUUUUUACAGCUUUGACUGUUAAAAAUAAUGAAUUUCAAAGUCAGGUCAGCGAACCAUUAAAUAAUUGUUGUGUUUCUUCAUCUCCGUUAAGUCAAUUAAUUUCUGCUUCACCUGAUGACAAGGAAAAUAGCAAUAAUAGUAAUAAUAAUAAUGAUAAUGAUAAUAUUAGUAAUAAUUUAAUUUUUAAUAAAAGUAAAAGCGAUCGUAGUAAAAAAAAACAAAGAAGAUCUUCUACAAGCAUGGAAGAACGUCGACGGUCGGCUCGAAUAGCCUCCAAGUUAACUCCCCGAAAAAAUGAUAGCUUUGUUUCGCUGGAAAAUGAACUUAAUAUUGUUCACUCGACUACCAAGUCAUUUUCAGCGCCCAUUACACCAAAAAAUGAUAACCGAAUAAUUAAAUCAAAAAGUGCUAGGCCACUUCGGGAGUACAUGGCUAUGAAAGCUUCCAUGACAUUUUUGGAAACUCCAGAUGCUAGUGGAUUUAGACGGGCUAUCAAUUAUGGAGAUGAUACUCCUGCAAGGAAUAAAAGUUUACGACGAACUAUUUCAACUAAAAUUCUUAAUGAGCUAGAGGAUUUAUACAAUGACUCUGAGGAGGCUGAAGAAAAUUAUUGAUUUUUUUUAACUAUUUAUUUGUAGGAAAAAUAAAAAAAAAAAAUUAGUAUUUAAAUUAUUAUAUUAUCGGGAAAAAUAUACAAAUGACUAAUAGGCUUCUAUUAUUUUCAUUGCAUGUUUAAUUUAAUAUUUUAGACUUGAAAACAUUUAUAAAAAAAACUGUAUAAAAUAUAUUUUGUUUAUUGGCUUAAAAAAGAUAAAUUAAUUUAUAAAAAUAUUGAUAUUAAUAUCUAAAUGUUAGACUAAGUUAUUUGGUAUAGUAAGCACUUGUGAAUUUUUCUUUUUUUAAAAAAUUAAUAAAACAAUUAUUUUACUUUUGAAA